AUGUAGUCAACUUUACCAAGAGUGAGAUUCUAGAGUGAAUAUCCAGUAAAAAAAGUAGUAAGUCCAUUAAUUGAAUUACCAAUUGAAUAUUAAUUGGUUGAAAAGGCAGGCCAAGGAAGUUUCGGAGAAAUUUAUAAAAUUUACAAUACUUUGACUAGGACUUUACAUGCAUGCAAAGUGGAGUUCAAAGAUACAAGAUAAUAAAAUUAACAAUCUUUACUAGUUAAAGAAUAUAACACAUUCUAAUAGUUGAAAGGAAUCCCUCAAGUCCCCCAGCCUUAUCAAUUAAUUUAACAGUAAGAUUACAAAUUAAUCAUAAUGCCUUAUUAUGGUUCAGGUAUAAAUAUUCUUAUUAUUUCAGGUAAUCUUGAAGAACUAAGAAAGAAAUAAAUUCAUGAGAAGUUCUCUGAAUCAUGCAUAAUUAGAUUAGCAUAUUGUCUUAUUUGUGUCAUUGAAGCUGUUCAUGAAAGAAAGUAUGUACAUAGAGACAUCAAACCUGAAAAUUUCUUGGUAGGUAGUUUUGGAGAUCAUCAUACAGUUUAUUUGAUUGAUUUUGGAUUAGCCAAACCAUUUGUUGAUGCCUAAGGUUUUUAAAUACAAUAAUCAAGGCAUUCAUAUUUAACAGGCAGACAAUAAAGGAAUGGUUGGCACAGCCAGAUAUACCAGUAUCAAUUCCCAUUUAGGUGCUGAAUAAAGUAGAAGAGAUGAUUUAGAAGCCAUGUGUUAUGUACUUCUGUAUCUUUAUAAUGGUCAAUUACCUUGGCAAAAUUUCAAUUGUUAAACUAGAUAAGAGAAAUUUAUGAAGAUUCUUGAUGCAAAACAGAAAUUCGCUUCAGGUUAGUUAGAAAUAAAUAUUCCUCCAAUUCUUAAAAAAAUUUAUGAUCAUUCUAAAGGAUUGAGAUUUGAUGAAUAACCAAAUUAUGGAAAAAUGAAAGAAAUAUGUAAAGAAGGUUUCAACAAAACUAGUAAGAAAUUAUUAAAUUAGGACCUUACUGUUUUGAUUGGUGUGUUGUAGAUUGUAAAAUAAAACCUUUUGAAGAUAUAAAUGAUGGAUAGAGUGAAUUGGCUAGUGAAUUCUCAACUAUUCGAAAAUAAUUAAAGGGAUAAACUACAGAUUAAAUUAGCACAAAUUUAAAAAAGAUAUUACCAUGUGAAUAAAUUAAAGAAGAAGAUGAAGAAUCAAUUAGUGAACUACCUAAUGUUCAAAAGAUAACCAAAUUUUAUUAAAAUAAAAAACAUUGA